CUUCGGCAUGGCGCUCGCCUUUCGGCUGGACGGCAUGGAUGGGUUGCUGCAGUGCUUGGACUUGCGCAGCGCGGUCAAGGUGCUGCCUCUGGCGGCCGCGUUCUGCUUCGCGCAGGUGCUGUCCUUGCAGGCGUUGCGCGCCUUUGACGCGGGCAGCCUGAAGAUAG